UGGGGCGACGAAAAUCCCUUCACCUUACCCUAUUCAUUUUGAUACUUUGGAUAUCAUUCUCAGAGCAAUUUUUACGUUCCAACAAGUUGUAAGACAAAGAAAUUUCUGCAAAAUUAGCCGUCACUUGCGGCCAACGAAAUCAACGAGAAUGGGUCUGAAGCGCUUUGUUUCAACUCUGCUGCGCAAGUCGCCGAUCUGCCCGGCGGAGCCCGGAAAGUUGGCUGCCGGCUGCCCAGCCGUGUUCGCCGAGGACGGCAUGUGGAGUGCCAAGUUCAUCGCCCGAGCUGACCCGGCCAGGAUCCGCGGACAGGUCCUCAAGCAACCGCCCGGCCGCAAGGACGCCGAGCUGACGCCCUCUUUUAGACUCCCACGCAAGCGUUCCUGGCUGCAGAGGCGCAUGGUUCCCUCAUAGACAGCGUGGUCAAAUUUCCAGAAUGCCAAAUCCGCAAUCCCAAUUUUAGCCGCCAGAGCGUGGCCGUUGUCCAGAACAUGGCAGUUGUUCAGAUUCACGCAUUGGUUGGAAUUAAAUGAUUCAACAUUUCAA